GGAAAACCGCUUGAAGAUGACGAAAAAGCGAGCUCUUCUCCCGAGGGGACUCCACCUUUGGAAGCAUCAGUGAAGAAAGAGGAUGGUAUUGCUGCUGCAAUAGUGAGGGUGGGAGAGCCGCAGGAUUCGAAACAGGAAAUCCCAACGGCGUCAACUCAAGAAAACAUUGAUACUAUUGAAAAUGAAAAGGAAGCGGAUGGAUCGAUGAGGAGCAACUCUAGUCGGCAUGAUGUCAGUGAUCAGGAAAUAGGAGUUAUUAACCAAAAUCAUGUAGACAUGCCACCACUUGGUCGGCAAGUUCGGGUGUGUAUUUUGUAUGAAUUCAAGUUGGGAAAUGUUGCCAACUUGGCGUUUUUGAAUGUCAAUCGAGCGUUUGGUGAAGGAACUGUCUCAAACGCUGUCGUUCAUCGAUGGUUCGCCAGGUUUCAAGAAGGAGACGAAGAUUUGGACAAUGAACCAACAAAAGAAUUAGACAUCAAUGAUGAGACGAUCGAAGAGGAUCCAGCAGUCGUUGAAGCUCUUCUGUCUAAACAGUAUGGAGUCCCGCCGGGAACGCUAUACACUUAUUUGGAUAGAAUGGGACGAGGCGAAAGGUUGCAUGAAUUAGAGCCUGAGGAACUUGGACUUCCCGGAAAUCCAGACGUCCCGAGAUCGAUGCAGACUCUUAUGGUGAAACUUGGGCUUCCAUGGGGAUCACAGCCGUCCGCAUCAUUACGGAGUCUCAUCGAAAAUGGAACUGUUCAGCUAACGCCUUCUGUCAGAGAGAACGGAGAUGUCAAACCAGAAGUACCUGAUGAUUUUCCUGAAGAAAUAACGGUCAAAGAUAUACUCACAGCUCAUACCAAGUUGCUGUUACCGAGUACUUCUACUCAAAAUGGUCAUAGUGUUGAGUACAAUAAAGUACGGAUAUGUGACAAUGGCAGGGAAUAUCGAAACACGCUGGCCGGUUCGUCUCACAAAAUUAGCGUGGUUAUAGACCCACCGUCAUUAAGACCACCUUCAGAAGUGCAGAAGACCGCUCCUAGAGACAUGUCGCCAGGAAACGAAGAACGCCUCGGUUAUCCUUUAUGCGGCAAGGUCAUGCUAAGAAGAAAUGUGUACGACCAUUUGAGAAAGAUCCAUGAUUCUUCUGAACAAGAAGUCGAAUCAAUGAAGGCGAAUAUAAAAAUCGAGGCUAACGCAAAAAAGGAUGAAUUCCACAUAAUCUGUCCUGUCUGCGAUGAUCAGUUUCUUGACCAGGAGAAAUUAGCUAUUCACUGCAACGAGGAACACACUCAUAAUGGUGCAAACGGCGAAGAACAGGACUACACUGUGCACGACUUGGAUUUUGCUUCCAAAAAGGACUUCGAGGUGCAGAAUACUGAUCUUUGCAGAAAGCAUUCGCUGGACUACGUAAUCAGAAGAUGUAGAAAGGAUUUCUCGGCUAAGGACUCGAGGAUGUACUUUAUGACGAAGGGUGAUCUUUGGAACAUCAUCAACAAAUACGGUCUCAAGCCUGGCUAUCGAGAUGCUGAUGACUUGAAGUCGAUUCAGUUGCGGGAAGCAGAACAUAAUGUAGACCAUGGUAUACGUCUCCUGGAAAUGCCGACCUCUCCCAGUGGAGAGGACUUUGCUAUGGGUGAGGCUAAACUUGGGCACUACUUUGAAAAAGAUAUGCGCCCCAUUGACGAGAAGGUACGAAUCUGUUUGUUAUACGAAUACAGGCUAGGAACGACUGCUGAAGUAGCAACUUACAAUCUGAACAAAGUGUUCGGUCCUGGUGCCAUUUCGCUAUUCUCUGCAGCUCAUUAUUAUGCAAAAUUUCAUCGUGGUGACAUGAAUUUGGAAGCGAAGCAGAGGGGAAGAUACUCGACAGUUGACCCGGAAAUUGUACGAGCAAUGCUUAAAAGGAAUCCUACAUUAUCAUGCCGAGAAAUAGCAAAAGUGUUCGGAGUAAAUGGAACAACAAUAUCCAGAAACUCGCGGAUGGAAACGUCUACCGUUGUGCAAGGUGAAGAACUGGGAAAGCUUUCAUUUCAGCCGGUUCCAGCCGAGAAACUGCUGAUAGUGCCAGGUCCCUGUCGCGAAGAGUCAUGCAGUAUUCCGAAGAUCAUACCAACACAGCUGCAUGAAGGAAGUUGUGCAGACUCCCAUACUGAAGUGCUCAUAUCCAUCUCUCCCUCCCAAACCACCUUGGACAGGAAAGAAAAGGCUGAAGAAAGUACGAGUGUUACUGUGACGUUGUCAAGCUCAGUGGAGGAGUUCAAAAAGGAAGACAUUACAACUGUGGAAUGUUCUAAUCAAGAGCAGUUGCAGCUCAUCAACGGCGAUGACAUAAAAGAGCAUAUUUACAGCCUUCACUAG